UCAUUGUUAAAUUAUAGUAAUGCUACUUGGCACAGGAACUCAUAGAUGUUGAAGGUGAUGGUAUGGCUGAUAUGGUAUUCCGCUGUAUCCAAGAGAUGGAUAUUGAUAACCGUAUGAUGCUUUAUCAGCACAUUGUUCUAAGUGGGGGGAGCACCAUGUACCCUGGACUACCAAGUCGGCUGGAGAGGGAAAUUUCAGACCGAUACCUCGAUGUUGUCCUUAAAGGAAACAAAGAUGGAUUGAAGAAGCUGAGAUUAAGGAUAGAGGACCCACCAAGAAGAAAGCAUAUGGUGUACCUUGGGGGUGCAGUUCUUGCCGGGAUAAUGAAGGAUGCACCAGAGUUUUGGAUCAGUAGGCAAGAUUAUCUGGAGGAAGGGCUUGCCUGUUUGAGUAAGUGUGGCCAGGCAUAAUUUUGGAAUACUUCCUCAACUCGAAUGGAAAAAACGGGAUGCCACUUCUGUUUGCUUUCCGGAACCGAGCAGAAACGAGGUUUUUCGCCUAAUUUUUUUUGGAGGGAGGGAACUGGGUGUAAUCAACUGCUCAAAUGGUAUGGAAAGUUCACAUUAUAGUGGUGAUGACUAGUUCAAUGAUGGUUUUUUGGAAGAAAACUUUUAAUAGUUGUGUGUGUAUUAACUUUGUAACUAAAUAAACCAUAAAUUUAUAUAUAUCUUUGUUGCUAACUAGACAAACCAUUAUGGUGGGGAAGUUCUAGGCUUUUUAAGCGAUUAUGGCGUACAGUGACUUGGUUUAAACUUCAAAUUUAUGAACACAUUGUUUCGGAGA